AUGGACCUUAAUUAUAAUAAUCCCUUCUCUUCGCGUUCUAUUACAUGUCUAACUUUACAACCUCGCAUAACUCUCGAGGAGGUUGUUAACCUUGCACUCAGUAAAUCUAGCCAACCUACAAAAACUGCUAAUGCUUUUUUCAUUUAUAGAAUGAAUUAUAUUAAACAGUUAAAUUUAAACAAUACAAAAUAUAACAUGACGGAGCUUUCUCCACUUAUUGGAGCUGCAUGGAGAAAUGAACCUUCGGACAUUCGACAAGUUUAUUUUGACAUUGCUAAAGCAGCUGAUCAUAAUUAUAAAAAAAUAGUGUCGUACAGAAUGGCAAAUCAACAACCGUCACAGUUGCAAAAGUUGCCGUUACAGUCGUUCCCACUGCCACCAUCACAGUUACAACAAUUUCCCCAAUUGUCAAUUGUCUCGGAAACUUUAUUUUCUCAUAAUACAGCUUCUAGUUCAACAAAUUUUGAUUCACAAUUAGAACCAGAAGGUUUUUUCUUUCCUGGACAACAACAAUUUCCCCAAUCGUCAAAUGUCUCGGAAACUUUGUUUUCUCAUAAUGCAGUUUCUAGUUCAACAAAUUUUGAUACCGUUCUUAAUACGGACCAAGAGAUAUCUGGAAUUAUAAACCAAAAGUCGUAUGACUUUAUUAUUAACGCUUACAAUAACAAUAAGAUCGAUUAUAAACCUAUUAUUAUUCAACAUCUUAGCGAGCUUGAAAACACUCGUGCCGAAUUUCUUCGUCUCCUCGAGUCUUAA